AUGGUGCUACCUAUCCAAGCUGUUCCACUAACAUCUCCUACAGCUUCUUCUACUUCAUCUGAAGUAGAUGAAGAAAUUGUUUGCAAGGAACAAGCUACAACUGAAGCAGGAGCAACUAUGUCUGAUCCUCAAACUCCAUUAUCUGAUCAUGGUCCAAUUCCUCAAUCUCCAAUGAAAAUCCCAGAGGCUGAGGAAGAAGGUCGUUUCGAGGAAGGCUUUAUUUUCAAUGAAGAUCAGUCUGUGGACCCUGAGCAUAUGGAAAAGGUCAGAAUGUUUAAAGCUCAACAUGAAGCAAGCAAAGCAAAGCUUCAGGAACUACAGAAACUGGUGGAUGAGAAGAGGACAACUGAUGAGUUGGUCAAGCUGGAGAAACAGAAGAUAUGGGAUGCAAAAUGCAAGGAAAAGAGAGAGGAUAUCUCCAGGAAAGUUGCUGAGGAAGAAGGUCGUUUCGAGGAAGGCUUUCUUUUCAAUGAAGAUCAGUCUGUGGACCCUGAGCAUAUGGAAAAGGUCAGAAUGUUUAAAGCUCAACAUGAAGCAAGCAAAGCAAAGCUUCAGGAACUACAGAAACUGGUGGAUGAGAAGAGGACAACUGAUGAGUUGGUCAAGCUGGAGAAACAUAAGAUAUGGGAUGCAAAAUGCAAGGAAAAGAGAGAGGAUAUCUCCAGGAAAGUUGCUGAGGAAGAAGGUCGUUUCGAGGAAGGCUUUCUUUUCAAUGAAGAUCAGUCUGUGGACCCUGAGCAUAUGGAAAAGGUCAGAAUGUUUAAAGCUCAACAUGAAGCAAGCAAAGCAAAGCUUCAGGAACUACAAAAACUGGUGGAUGAGAAGAGGACAACUGAUGAGUUGGUCAAGCUGGAGAAACAGAAGAUAUGGGAUGCAAAAUGCAAGGAAAAGAGAGAGGAUAUCUCCAGGAAAGUUGGUGAAAGCUGGGAUAUUGCUAGAAAGAAGCGUGGAGAAUCCACUGCUGCUGAAGAGCCUAAUCAGAAUGAGCCUUCUACUCCAAUUAUUCGCUGUUCAGAUGCUGAAGAAGGAGAAGUCACUCGUUCUGAGUGA